CCUCCCGCCACAGGAAGCGCAGUAACAAGGACCGGGCACCACAAAAGGCCGCUGCGCCCACGGCCACUGAGGAUAUUUUGCGGCGGGAGCGGGAGGUGCGGAUUUGGCGAGGCCGGGCCCCGAUGUCUCUGCCCGCGAUGUGCUGCCUCUUGUGCUGCCGGCGGGGCUUCCGUCUGCUGGGCCGGGACGACGGUGACGCUGAUAAAGGCGAGGAGUUGCUGGAAGUCAGGGCGGCUUCCUCAGAGCAGAGUGUGAUGGGCGUGGAGAUCGCUGAGGAGCAAGGCAGGCCACAAGCUCCAGAGGAAAGGAGAAAUCUGAUUAGCCAAAAAAUGAAAAGAGAAAGACCAGUUGUGGAAGAAAACGUCAUCAUCCAAGGUUGGCUGUACCUGGAGCUGCCCCGUCAUCAUAGAUGGCCGUGGAGGAGAGUCUGCAAACGCUGGUUUGUGCUGACGGCCGACUCGCUGGAUUAUUACCGCAACAACGUGCUGGACACUAGGCCGCUCGGCUCCAUGGUGCUGACCAGUCUGUGCUCCGUACGAACUGCAGACGGCAGCUGGUUCACCGGAACAGGAUAUUGGAAGCUGACAGUGUAUGGGAGAAGACAUCACUACCAGCUGUUCACAGACAGACUGAGUGAUUCCAUGCGAUGGACCCAAGCCAUCCAGGCCGCCAUUGACUGUAAAGCUCCCACUGAGACCCCAACAUUGGUGCUGAUCAGAGACAUUCAGGAGAAUGUCUCCAAUGCGGAGCUGGUGGAACAGAUUUACAACCGGAAUGGCAUUCUACGGCACAGCCAGAAGCCACUCUACGCUCCACUCCUGCCCUUCCCCUACGAUGCUGCCUGCCACUGCCUCAAGAGUAUGAGAGGUUACACGACUCUUCAGGACGAAGCCCUCAAGAUCUUCAAUGCAUUGCAGCAGCUUGAGACGGGACGAGAUGCAGUCGCACUAAUGCAGGGCAUCCUGCAGACUGGCCUGGAUCUGCAGCCUCUCCGCGAUGAGAUGUUCUGCCAGCUGAUCAAACAGACAAACAGCCCACCGCACCCAGCGAAUGCAGGCGACCUGCGGAACUGGCAGCUCCUCACCUGUAUGGUCAUUACCUUCUCCCCAAGCACCACCAUCCUCCCCUACCUGAGGUUCCACGUCCAGCGGUCCCAGCUGAAGUUCCCAGGGACCGAAACCGAAAGAUACGCAGAGUUCAUCGCGGGGUCACUGGGCAAAGCCAGGGGCAGGUUAUUCGUGCCGUCCUCCCAGGAGAUCGGGCUCCUGAUGCAGCGGCAACAGAUGCCCUGUGUCAUCCACUACGCCGGCUCCAGGGUCAAGAUGACCGUCAGCUCCCACACCACGGCCGGAGAGGUUAUAAGGAGUUUACUCGUGAGACUCGACCUACAGAAAAGUCGGAACCGCUUUGCUCUCUUUGCAGAGAGUGGGGGCGAGGACUGGCUGCUGGGAGAAGAUAUGGUCGUCGCUGACAUGAUAGCCAGAUUCUCUGUGUCUGUGGGUGAAUCAGACUCUCAGUGGAGACUUUGUUUCAGAAUCCUCUGUAUCCUGGAUCCCGACGCUCCCCAGAGCAACAUCGAGCUCAGCCUUGUCUUUGAGCAGGCCCACCGGAUGGUUGUUCGUGGCUGCCUCCCUGCGUCCACUGACACACUGCUCACACUGGCCACCCUGAGGCUCCAGGCCACAGCUGGCAGCUUCAGCCUCCAACCACUGCCCGCACUACACCAGAUGUUCCCGGUCAGCACACUGCCCGCAGCACUGCGGCCGGAAGCCCAGAGCCCAGAGUGGAGCCGCCUGCUGCCUACACUGUGGCCCCGGGGACUGGGGUCCCGAUGGCCAAGAGCCCAGGGAUCGGGGCCAGGCCACAAACUGCAGCGGCAACGAGAAGAGGAGGCGGCAUCGGCUCUGGCCAGCAUUGCCGAGCGCUGGCAGCGGCUGAGAGGCAUGAACCGCAAGGACGCCAUCACCACCUACCUGGGCAUCGUGCGCCAGUGGGGAAGCUGCGGAGCCUCGAUCUUCCAAGUGAGAGCGACCACGAGUUGUGCUGGGUGCCCAGAGCCUCGGUGGCUAGCGAUCGGAACAAAGGGUGUGUGUCUGUAUAAACAGGGAGAGACUGAGUCCGUGGAGAGUUUUGAUUACCAGCAGAUGUCAGCGUUUGAAGCAAUGGAUACGAACACAUUCAAAAUUACUCUCUGUAAAAGGCAGCUUUUGCUUGAAUCUUGUAAGGUCCAAGAGAUUGCUGAAGUAAUGAAGAUCUACAGUGCCAACCAGGUCAGAACCCGAACACGGACCCGAACCGGAGGUUAUCAGAUAAAACGCACCUCGCCGGUGAGCUGGCUGAUCCGGCCCCACUACACACCUGACAAGGGCUUCAACACAGAGCAGGCUGGUCCUUAGCAGGCACAGAAAACCAAAAGUACAAGAGAGAGAUUUUUGGCAAGAUUUUUGUCAAUUCUGAUUACUACUGCAUCAGUAGGCCUCCAUAUCUAUGCAGCAAGCCUUGCCUCAGAGUGCCUUAUUACCAACCAUUAUAUAUACCCACAGCUUCUGUGUGGGUCGCUGCAGGGGGUUGCCCCGUUCAGGGAUAUCCACUGCAAAUGUCCAGGGCUCACUCAGGGUGACCUCGGAGUCUCCAUGUUCUGCAAUGCAACGUGCAAACAUUCAAAUCUCUCUGGAUCACAGUAAACAGAUGCUCGAAGAUUCAGACAUGUCACAAGAUCUGACAUUCAGCACAACUUUUUAAAUGUUGUUCAACUCUCGAAAGCACUAAUUCUCAGGUGUCCAACUAAUGCCCCUCAACUAUUGGACGACCAUGAACUGAACUAGAAGCCUUGGGGAAGGGGAAUCAUGGUUCAAUACACAAACCAGUCCGGAUGGGAAGAUGCAGUAGAAAUUCCCUCACCCACAUUGGUCACCAUGUGUGUCUGAUAUCUCAUCAGCAGAACAAAACUUGUAAACACCAGUUACCAGCUCCAAACCUCUGCAAAGUAGUUAAGAGAUUAUAAAGGAAUUAGUGACGCAAGAAAUCGCAGAUGCUGCAAUCGUGAGUAAAGAGAAAAGUGCUGGAGGAACUCAGUGUGUCAGGCUGCAUCUGUGGACAGAAUGGAGACAUUUUGGGUAGGGAGACUGCCUGACCCACUGAGUUCCUCCAGCACUUUUGUUUUAUUGUUUACAAAGGAAUUACUUUCUCUGACGGUCAAUUUUGGACAAGGUGAUGUGUUGCCAUUCAUAAUAAAUUUGGCUGAGGCUAGAUUGUCACUAGUGCCCUGCCAGAGAUAAGGAAAGGACUGGGAAUAUUUCUUCCUCUUCCGAGCGGAGGCAUUGUAACCCAGUGCAACAUUAACAACAAGCAAGCAGUUCAAGCAUCAGUGGUGUCAGGGAGCUGAAUCAGUCAGGAACUUGUUUCUUGUUGGAUGUGGCACAAGCUGAAUAAUCAACGUAAAACAAGGAGGAGCAGUCGGUCACAUAUUGCACCAAUUUGCCUAAACCUGAACAGCUUCAGGUGUGGAGUUCUCAGCCCAAGCUGCUGGCAGCUUUCCUUUUACAGGGACAACCUCAUCAUCUAACUGUAAACUUGCUUUAUAAUAGAAUAGCUUCUUUAAAUGUAGUUCUCUACAUUUCAUUUCUCUUUCAUGUACACGGUCCCAUUGCACUAUGUAACGGCUUUCAAGAUUAAAACAACUUACUGUUUUACCAGAAAA